CUUCUUGAUAGAGUAGAGGAUAAUUUCAGCGAAAAGCAUUAUACGAAGAGUGUUUAAAACGGAAAUAUCAUUUACUCUAUGUGACAAAACUUCAGUUUCAUUGAAACCGAAGAAGGAUAUCAGACACAGAACGUUAAGCAGUGAUUCUAGUAGUGGAACAGGAAGAGAGUAUAAAAGCCAUGGAAGUACUGAUGAUCGUAUUGUUUUGUAUGUAAUAUGCCCUAAAGAAAUAGGGAAAGAACUAUAUGAAAACAGUACAGAAAAGAAAAAGAGUGAAGAAAAAAUGGAAGACAAUUUUGAUAUGCAAAUUGAAAAUGCAAUAGAACUAAAGACAUUUUUAUUCAAUAAAUUAGAUGAUCACGAAGGAUGUGUAAAUGCUACUAAGCAGAUUUUGAAUUUCGCUGAUAAAAGUCUUAAAGCAAUAAUCGCGUGGAUAUUUGCUUUAAUAAAUCGAGUUCAUAAGUCAGAAUUUGUUCCUGAAAUAGCAGUACUUCGUGCGAAGCAUCGGAUUUUGCAGUGGGCAGAGGCUUACGUUGCAAGUUCAGAUGCUCUCCGCUAUGCAGAUGCUCGUGAAAUGCUUUAUCUGUUGAAAUGGAGAAAUAAAAGAGGUUUGAAGGAUGAUGAACUUCUAAGAGGUAUCGAUCGCUUGACUUAUCAUAUUUAUCGGAAGUCAUUGAUUCAAUUACAUAUGAUGAAAAUUGAAAGGAAUCGCAGUUUUUUGAGUGUAGAUGAUGAAUCUCCUCUACGCAGCAAAUCAAGAAGAAAAAAAAAGCUUAAAUGUUCUUCUCUAUCCACAGAAAAUUGUAGUGUUUCAACUCCAGUUUCUUCAAUUCCAUCUGGAGUGAAAAUAUUCAGACCAACUUGGCUGUUACACAAAGAAUUGAUUCUUGCCACAGUUACAAAACCUUUGGUCAGACAUCAACUAGAAACAUUUCUUCAUGAUUCUAUGCAAUUUAAAAACACAGGAAGAAAGGCACUUAGUCCAAAUUCUAGAAUUAGCAUCUGUAAUUCCAAAAAACAGAUGUGUAAGUGGAGUUUUAUCGAUACCAAACUUUUGCCCUACUCACCAUCAAAUCAUUAUUCUAGAUAUGAGCAGUUUGAUUUAUUUAAAUCGUGUCCUAAGACUCAUAUACCAGCGGAUUUACAAGUGGAAGUUGGAAGUGUUUGGGAAAGUUGCCCUGCUCGGCGUCCUCAUUUUAAUCUUGAACCAAAGUUGUAUAAAUUUCCUUCCAACAGUUCCAUAAAUUUCCCUCUUUCUCAAACUGAUAAAUGUAUUGAGCUUGAUUCAUUUGAUCCAUAUUUUGAUGAUGAACGCAAUCAAAGCAUUGUCGAUGACCUAAGCAUUGAUGCUAGUGCUGCAGUGCAAAAAACGAUGAUACAUCAUCAAUUUAAAAUAUAUGAGCAAUCAUGCAAAUCGAAUCCAUCGAUACCUGUGAUACCGAAUAUUUGCUCAGGAGAAGUUUCAAAUGAAACAUCUUGGGAACUAGUGAAAGCAAGUAAAUGUCAGAAAUCCAACAGAUGUCAUUGCUGUCAGCAAGACGAACAUGCCAAGGAUAAUUGUCCAUUAUUGCAAUCUUUUCUUGAUAAAAAUGAACCAUGCAGUAUUUGUGAUGACAAAGGCCAUGUUGCCAAUUUCUGCCCUCCCAGAGUAAUCCAUUUUAUUUCAUAUUCAGUAGAGUUAUGA